UAAUUAUUUAUGAGUUCUGAUUUUGGAUUGAGAGGUGUGAAUGUGUGAUCGCCGAAGCGCCGACCGGUAUUUUAUUCGUAGAUUGCUGGUUAGUGCAUUAACCUAUUUAUUAAUUUAACCAACUUAGUUAAUUCUUUAAUAGGUCGAUGGGUUAGUAUUCAGUCAAUCGCUUCAAUUCAAAUGGGAGUUUGGUGCCGAGUAAAAAAUCUUUUAUUUGGUGUUGCGAUUGGACGCACAGUAAUUGAUACGUUUGGUUCUGUGGCUAGAGUUGAUGGGAUUUCUAUGCAACCAACAUUUAAUCCAAAUACCACGGUGGACUUUGUGUUAUUAUCGUAUAUUCCAGUGCGAUUUGAUUCUAUUAAACGCGGUGAUAUAAUUGUAGCCAUAUCACCUAGAAAUCCUAAUGAAACAAUUAUUAAGCGUGUAAUCGGUGUUGAAGGUGAUGUUGUGGUAUCGAAAAAGAAAAAUAAUACUUCAAGUACACAAAGGUUUAUUCCUAGAGGCCAUUAUUGGAUUGAAGGUGAUCACAAAGGUCAUACAUUCGAUUCUACUAGUUUUGGUCCAAUUUCUAAAGGACUAGUUGUUGCUAAGGUUUCAAUUAUAAUCUGGCCUCCUAGUAGAUGGCAACUACUUCAAUCAGAAAUUCCUAAAUAAGGUUUAAMAAAUUCAAGUCAUUGUUGCUUAUCAUCUUGAGUUGAAAAGGAUACUCAGCAUCCAGUAUAUGAUCAUAAAUUAUGAUGGCUAAAAGAUCAAAGAAUAAAUAAACUUGUAUCUCAAGUUUAAAUAGUUGUAUUUAUUUUAACUUAUUAUUUAUCUUUUUAUAUUUAAGGUUUUAAUU